CCCUUUCCUGCCAGGACUCAAGUAUGAGGUCAUCGAUUCUGCCUACAUCUCCUUGUACACAGAUGAGAGCAGUUUGAAGAUGAACCAUGUGGAUCACAUUCCUCAGACACUGGCCAGCCACGGGCCUGUCCCAGCAGAGACCCACACCCGCAGCCAACACGGCGCCGAUAUGCUGCAACCGGACCCCCGCGACACCUUCUUCAACAUUCCAAUGAUUGACCCCUCUCAUCUUGAAAAUGUGUUGCCCGCCUGUCUGUACUCGCCAACAUAUGUGGUCAAAGACUUCCCUAUCGCUCGCUAUCAAGGCCUACAGUUUGUCUAUCUUUCUUUUGUCUAUCCCAAUGACUUCACCCGCCUCACCCACAUGGAAAGAGAAAACAAGUGCUUCUAUAGAGAGUCACCCAUCUAUUUGGAGAAGUUUGGCUUCUAUAAAUACAUGAAGAUGGAUGAGGAGGAAGAUGACAGGCCAUUCUUCUUCCCUAAUCCUGAUGAUUUUCUUGAAGAAGAAGAGGGGGCGGAUCCUGAGGAUGAAGCACAAGUUGUUGGCACCCAGUCAGCAAAGAAGACUGUCCAACCUAGCCAAUCAAAUCACACCUCAAGCCCCUCUGAUAAACCUGUUCCCACAAUGCUGGAGAAAAAAGAGGUAGAGCCGGACAACCCAACUUUUAGUAGAGAGCAAAGGCGCUUUUUCACGAGAGCAAGGCAGGUGGUUGGGUCUCAACCUCAAGAGACGGACCAAGACAAUCUGGACCAUCAGGCUAAGGUAGGGUUACCAAAAAGUGAGAGUGUGGUGCGAGGUCGUUCUCUCACUUGGGUUCAAAGAGACCGCCGGGACCUCAGAGAGGGUUGGUCAGAAGAUCGUUCACCGAAAAUAAGUAGAUCAGCUUUGCUUUUCCCGCCAAAAUCCUCAUUGGUGGCCCUCAACAGUCGAGGCAAGCAAAUUCUCAGCAGUCCUGCCCACACUGUUCCUUCCCCAGGUAACAACCACGCUCAUGACAACAGCCACAAUCCUGGAACCAGCCACACCAACAAGGAACGCAAGAAGGAGGACAACAAAAUCUACGUCACAAGACCUCGCCCUGCUAAGGAGAAGCAAAGUCUCGUUUCACGCCAACCCAGAGAGGUCUUCCCUGGCGUUUUCCUGUACCAGAAUGGCAAAACCACAAAGCUGGUGAACCUCAGUGCUAAACCAAAGCUCAGCAAAGGAGCUCUGCGUGCAUCCCAGUUAUUUGCACGGUCUCCUCUGCAAGAGAACAAGGUCUUUCCAGCGAGCCCCAACUUCAGCAAGCCAGCUGAAAAUCCCAUGCCCCCAAACAGAGCAGCAAUCCCAAGCCGCUUUGAGAGAAGGAUACGAGGAGUCUGGGAAAAACACCAGCAUCCCUUGAGGCCCAUCACAACCGCUCGACCACCUCGUGUGCCCACCCCUCCGUCCGCUAACUCCUCUGAGAACGUGCUUCCGACUGAGCCUCUCCGUGUCACUUCCUACUUGCACACCUCUGAGAUUACAGAGUCUCAACAGCAGCGGCCGGACACGGACCCAGAACCAGAGGAGGAAGGAGGCCUUUCGGAGUAUAGCUAUGAGGAUGUGGAGCCUCGUCCCGGGUGGGCGGAGGAGGCCAUUAAUUGGCAGAGGACGUUUUCCGUUAAUAGCAUGGACUUUGAGACAUUGCGCUCUGACUGGAAUGAUCUUCGGUGCAACGUAUCUGGAAACCUGCAGCUAUCUGAGAGCGAAGUGGUGGACGUUCUUGCACAGUACAUGGAGAAACUCAACGAACUUAAUGGAGGGAUUUACACUCUCCUCCGCAUUAUAAAUGUAGAAAAGCGGCGUGACUCUGCACGUGGUAACCGCUACCUAAUAGAGCUGGAGCUAAUGGAGAGAGGUCGUAAAGUGGUCCGUCUAUCCGAGUACAUCUACAUGCUGUUGCACCGUAGCCGGGUAGAAGACAGUCUGGAGAAUAUGGAAGGGGUCACAGCAUCAUCCCUCUCUUCCCCUGUCGCCAGCCCACUUGCUCCACCCUCCCGCACACCUACCCGCGGGGCCCACGGCACCCUGCAGUGGGGCACAGUGUAUGCCAAACCCCUGCUGUGCCAGCCAGUGAUGCUGCAGUGGAAAAAGAAUGUCAUGGUGCAUUUUGUGGUACCAGUGAAGAAUCAGGCGCGUUGGGUUCAGCAGUUCAUUUCAGACAUGGAGUUCCUGCACCGUGAGACCAAGGACAACAAUUUCAACAUCAUCAUCGUGGACUUCCAGAGUGAAGACAUGGACGUGGAGCAGGCUCUCAGAGAAAGCUCCGUUCCACGAUAUGAGUAUCUGAGGAGAGAAGGAAACUUUGAACGUUCUGCUGGGUUACAGAUCGGUGUGGACACCAUAGAGGACAGUCACAGCAUCGUGUUUCUGUGUGACCUGCACAUUCAUUUCCCUCUGAACAUCCUGGAGAACAUCAGGAAGCACUGUGUGGAGGGCAAACUGGCCUUCGCUCCGAUAGUCAUGAGACUGGGCUGCGGCAGCUCACCGCAGGAGCCUGACGGUUACUGGGAGGUGAACGGCUUCGGCCUGUUUGGGAUCUACAAGUCCGAUUUUGACAAGAUUGGUGGGAUGAACACGGAGGAGUUUAAGGACCGCUGGGGAGGAGAAGACUGGGAGCUACUGGACAGAGUUUUGCAAAACGGUCUGGAGGUUGAGCGUUUAAGACUGAGGAACUUCUUUCACUACUAUCACUCUAAAAGAGGCAUGUGGAACUCACAGUCCAGUAAAACUCCUAAAGGAUAAACCGACCCUCGCUGAGAGACUUCAAACUAACUCGGCACGAGAACGGGACCUUAAAGGACCAAACCGUUGUGUCUCUGGGACCCUUUCCUGAGGCCCGUCUCAUACAGGAGGACCCGAGACACUGCCAAGCUGCUGUCCAAACUCAACACUCGAAAGAGACACAGAGACUCAUUCACCGAGUGUGUAUUUGUAUGUAUCUCUGUCUGUUAGGUCAGAAGUGAAACUUGAGUGAUUACUGAACAUUUAAAGGAAAUGGAAAUCGUUUCAAUUGUACUCCAAGCUAGCAGCUCAGGCACUUUGGGUCACAUAAAUAUGGUUGCACUUAAGAUAUUACCUGCUGAAAUGAUUGUCUAAAGGUUUAGAUGUGCGCUGGUACUUAGACGUCUGCUUUUAUAUAGCUGUAAAUGUCACUUCCUGUUCAGACGUGACGCCUUCUUACACUUGAUAUGUGGCGACUCCUUUCUUAAAGUCCUGCUGAACUUCUGGACACGACUGGACCAAGAACGGCCUGCUGAGCUAUGAAAUUCAAAUUAUUCGUCUUUGCAUUUGUCUGUAUGUCUGAGAUGCUUCCUUUCCUCGUUUCCGGUUGAUUUCAGAAGAGGUUUAGUCUUUACUGGCUAGUUUCACAGAUGCAGAGAAACCUUUCAGACUGCUGUUUUAGUCUGGGUUUUAGGCUAGAUGUAAUCUCUGUCCCAUUGAUGCAGUAUCCAUUUCUACAGAGUUUAACCGUGGGAUAAAGAUGUUCUUCAGAAGCUGUGUGCCUUUCUUUAAUGAAAUUUAACAUGGCAGUCCAUACAGGGUUAAGAAGGAGUCCUGAUGUUUAGCUGUUCUGGGUUGUGUAAGUCCCUAAAUAGCAUUGUUUUAUGGAGAUGAAUGAAUAGUAGAACAUGUUUAGAAAGAAAAUAAAUGCUUUUUAAUCGAAUUCUGGACUUGUCCAAAGUUUUCACUAUUGUUUGUUCCAUUUCGAUAGAAAUGUUCCAGGUUAAUUUCUCCCUCGAAAGUGGAUGUUUUACCACAGAAAAUAAGUUUGACUCCUUUCCCAGUUUGUACAGACGAACAAAAAUUGUGUUUACAGUAAAGGAAGGACAUAAAACAGAAGUAUAUGGGGCACUAAAUAUAACAUUCUAGAUGUUAACCUGAGACAAAUGUGGUAGAAUAAAUUAUUUCAAGUGCUGUAAAAACCACAUAAAGACGGUAAAGAUGGCAAGUUACGCAAAAGAUACCGUAAACGAACGUGACGUAACUAUUAGUGAACUACUGUUUACAUAAAGAAAAUCCACCUUUGUUGGUAUUCAUCCACCUUAAAAUGUAGUCCCAUAGAUAACGUGUUGUUUAGACCACUUUACAGCUCAAAUAAUGCCUAUUUUUCUGCGAAAAUCGUUUAAAAACUAAAUAUAGCUGUAGUUUCAGCUAUUGCAUAGUCUGGUAUAUCUUGCUCCAUAUACUUCCAUUGUAAGUGCAUUACUGUAAAUGCGAUUUUUACAAACUAGAUGAGUCUAAAUGAUUUUCGAGGAUAUUUGACGGCAUUUUGUUUGGCUACAUAUAUUUGAUGAAAACUGUGUUUUACACUGACACGGGCAGCUUGAGUGUAUGAAAUGAUGUAUCAUUAUGUAACUUACAAGCACCGCAACAUACAAACGACCAUGUUUACAAGCUGGCAUAAAACUUUGACAUGUUUUUAUUUCAUAUCAGAAAUACCGAGACUUAUGAAGUCCAACUUAUGCGUAAAACUUCACCUUUUUAAAAGAGUAGCCUAAAUUGAGAUGUUUUUUUCUUCUAUUUCUUCUCCUUGUUCGAUGUACUUUCUGGCUGCCUAUUUAAAACAAAACGUAGACAGGACACUAAUACAUUACGCCUAAU